AUGUGGAAGGCCCCGACGCAAACGUUUGUUAAAUCAAACUCUUACGGCCUUUUCUUUUUGCCAACAAAAGUCAGAUUUAACCAAGUUAAUCUUAGGGUUGUUAAACAAACAAAUAACGUUAACUAUCCCCAACCUCUAAGCUUUACGAACAAUAUGACAUUUCCCAACAAACAAUAUUUUGAAGGCGAGGAUUUGAUGAAUAUGAUGGAUCAGGUUGCAAGGAAGAUGAAGGAUGUUACUGAAAAGCCUAAAUGUAAACAAGUGUUGAAUACCUAUCGCACAGAGAGCCACGUACAAAUAUACAGAUUUCUAGCCUCUGUUAUGAAUCAACUCCAACACAAUGAGUACAAAGAUUGUAGAGGUCUAAAUUCCCACACACUCAUUGGACGAAGAGGAAUUGGAAAAACAGCAACUCUCACCAAUAUAUCUUUAGCCGGUCAAUUAUUGUUUCCAAAAAUUAUUCCUAUUUACAUUUCGUAUUUGGGUAUUCAGAAUGAUCCGUUCCUUCAACAACACACAGUCAUGGAAGUUGUGGAAAUGGUUCUAAAUGAGCAGGGUAUUCCAGUAGACACACUUGGAGGAAGAUUUGUGAACAUUAUGGAAGCACUUUUUGAAGUAGAUAAGCACGUUUUACUUAUUGUGGAUGAAAUUGAUCAAUUGUAUCAAGUUUGCCCAAAUGGCUGGAGUGACACUUUGAUUAAAUCUUUGGGAGAACUUGCAUCUAUUGGUGAUAAUGAUAGUGGAAGGUUUUCAGCAAUUCUUUGUGGCUCCUCUUCAAGAAUUUCUUUACUUGUCAAUGCCAAUGGUAAGAAGGAUGAAGUUACAGUGAAAGAGUUUCCUCUUGUUGCCAGCUCACCAAAUUUGAAUGGAAACAAGUUUAGAAUAAGACGAAUCCUUACGAAUCCCCCAACUGACAUUACAGUUGCUGCUCAUAUCUUAGAAUCUGGACUGGUCAAUACAAAAAACAAGGCUAUGUGUAAAGCUGUUACCUUUAUUACUGGAGGUGUUACAAGAGAAAUUCAGAGAUUACAGUUUGAAAGAAGAGAUGAGACAUUCUUCACCUCUCUCCAUGUAGAAUCUAAUCCUAAAGCUUUGGCUACAUUAUCCUCACCUGCAGGAGAAAUUUGGAACAACAUUUUAGCUUUGCUAUUCGAAAAAAACAAAGAAUUACUUGAACAAUUAGUAGAUAAGGAUGGGCUUACUGAUAUGGAAAAAGUAAAGAGUGUAAAUUGGGAAUACCUGUUCAAGCCUUUAAGUUAUACUGAACUCAAAGAAAAGAUGGGUUCUGUAACCAAUUUAGACCAUUGGAUUUUCCAUUUGUUUGACAGAGAUUAUAUUACUGUUUGUGAGAUCAAUAAUGGAAGACCAGAUGAAAUUUACCCAUACUCACUAUAUAUGCUUUUGAGAAGUGGAAUGACAGCAAGUACCAAAAGAGAUGAUGCUAAACAAAUAUCUGCUUUUUUUAGAGGCAUUAUUUGUGAAAUUUCUUCAAGCAUCAAGGAUCCUAAAAAGAUGGGGGGUGUUAGAGAUUCUAAUUCCAAUAAGAAAUCUAGCUCACAAGUUGAUGAAAUUUCUGCAAGACCUCCAAUUAGAAGAUCUAAAGUACCAAUUCAUUACAGUAAUAAGGAAAGAACAACAAAACAUCCAUCUUCACAUACCUUGAAAAAGAUUGAGAUUGAAGAUCAUUGUCCAAAAUGUGAAAAGAAGAUUGAAAAAUCUGCAUUUGAGUAUCAUAAUAAGAAACAAAAGAUUUCUAGUAAAGAUAGUGAAAUUCCAAAAGAUGAAUCCAUUUAA